AUGUUCGGCGCUUUGUGCUCUCUACUCGGCGUUGGACCGGAGGCGAUUCGGCUGCUCUUUUCGAUUUUUGCCGCUAUUCCGAUCUCACAUAUUUAUAGGCUUCAUAUCUAUCAGCGCUCGGCGCGCGAGCAGCAGCUCUUCCUUUUUCUCACCGGCCUUGCCCUGCACGUUUUUAAUUUUGGCGCCGAUACGAUACACGCGCUCAUCGGGACGCUCGUUUGCUGGCUGCUGCUCCAAGUCGCUGGCGGAACGCCGGAUUCUGCUUGGAUAGCGCAUGUCGUUUUCUUGGGUCAUCUCCUUUGGGGAUACGUCAUCUCGGCCACGGAGCACUAUGACAUCACCUGGACGACACCUUACUGCCUGAUGACGCUGCGCUACAUUGGGCUGAUUGUCGACGUGGCCGAUGGAGCACAAAAGGAGAAACUGAAGCCCGCCCUAGCCAAGGAGGCCAUCAAUGACCCGCCGGACCUCCUGGAAAUUGCCGCUUUUGGUUUCUGCUAUUCCUACACGUUGGUGGGACCACUUUGCUCGCUGCAUCGUUUCCGCAACUGGAUCGGCGGUGACCAUUUGGACGAGAAGAAGGAAUUCCGGGAGAGCAGCAUUACGGCAGCUACGCAAAGUCUUACUGCCGGGCUCUGCUACGUCGUGUUUCAUCUGGUCGGCGCUGCAUGGCUUCCUGACGAGUAUUUGUCGACGAAGGAAUUCUACGAACACUCGUUCAUGACGCGCUGGUCGAUGUUCGCGCUGUGGGCUCGGAUUUUGCUCAGCCGUUACGUAUCAGCUUUCCUAUUGGCGGAAGCCGCCACGAUCUAUUCCGGCCUCGGUUGGAGUGGAAAGGACAAGAAGACCGGCGAAGAAAAAUGGGACGCCUGCCGCUGCGUCGACGUCUGGCUAUGGGAAACGGGUUCCGAUUUCAACGCUCUCGUCCAGUCUUUCAAUCGACAGACCAAUUUGUGGAUGAAAAAGCAUGUAUUCCGGCGCCUAAUCUGGCUCGGCGACAAGCGACUCUCUCACGGGCUCACCCUGCUCUACCUGGCCAUAUGGCACGGCUUCCACGGCGGCUACUUCCUGCUCUUCGGCUUUGAAUAUUUUGCGGUUAGGGCACAGAAUGAGUUCUACGCUUUGAUCGAACGGAAUCCAGAGAUCAAGAGCUUUUUGUAUCAGGAAUCAUUGGCCCCAUUUCGCAUGGCUGCCGGGCGGAUCGUUGUCCUCUACACGAUGGGCUACGGAAUCCUCCCGUUCGGCCUGGUCACUUUCCGCAACUGGAUUCGGCCACUGGCCUCGCUCUACUUUGUGCCCUACAUCCUCUACUGUGUCGCGCUACCAGCCAUCUUUUCCGCGCUCAAGCCACCAAAAGCCAGUGGCGUCAAGGAUCCGAACGACAACGACAGCAACCAGAAAACGAUGAAGUCGAUCAGCGAGAAGAGCUUUGCGCAGAGCCUGUCCUCGCCUACCUCGUCGAAAACGACUUCCUCCGUGAUCAGCACCAAGACUGCUCGGCCGGCCAAC